GCGCGGGCGCCUGCGCGAAGGAGCACGCAUGCGCAGAGGGGAGAGCCCGCUGACAGAUUCUCGGUGGCGGCGGCGGCGGCGGCGGCCCUGGACUGCGGGGAAUGGGAAUCCUAGGUCCCUGACUGAGCACCUCCCCCGCCUCCCUGCCCCCGACAUGGCUCAGGAGAAGAUGGAGCUAGACCUGGAGCUGCCUCCGGGUACGGGCGGGAGCCCGGCGGAGGGCGGCGGCAGCGGCGGCGGCGGGGGCCUCAGGAGGUCUAACAGCGCCCCCCUCAUCCACGGCCUCAGUGACACUUCGCCGGUGUUCCAGGCCGAGGCGCCGAGCGCCAGGCGGAACAGCACAACGUUCCCGAGCCGCCACGGCCUGCUGCUACCGGCCUCCCCUGUCCGCAUGCACAGCAGCCGCUUGCACCAGAUUAAACAAGAAGAGGGCAUGGACUUGAUCAACCGAGAGACGGUCCACGAGCGGGAGGUGCAGACCGCAAUGCAGAUAAGCCACUCCUGGGAGGAAAGUUUCAGCCUGAGUGACAACGACGUGGAGAAAUCCGCCUCACCCAAGCGCAUCGAUUUCAUUCCUGUGUCACCAGCACCGUCACCCACUCGGGGAAUUGGGAAGCAGUGUUUUUCGCCAUCCUUGCAAAGUUUUGUAAGUAGCAACGGAUUGCCUCCAAGCCCUAUUCCCAGCCCAACGACCCGUUUUACCACCCGGAGAAGCCAGAGCCCUAUCAAUUGCAUUAGACCAAGUGUUCUUGGACCAUUGAAAAGAAAAUGUGAAAUGGAAACUGAGUAUCAGCCAAAGAGAUUUUUCCAGGGCAUCACCAACAUGCUUUCUUCUGACGUUGCACAGCUUUCAGAUCCUGGUGUGUGUGUAUCUUCGGAUACCCUUGAUGGAAACAGCAGCAGUGCCGGAUCUUCUUGUAACUCACCAGCGAAAGUCAGCACUACCACCGACUCUCCUGUGUCACCUGCCCAAGCGGCUUCUCCAUUUAUUCCACUAGAUGAACUUUCGUCUAAGUGAUUCAUUCAUCUUGAGACUCUUUUUGCAGUGGAGAGAGAAUAAUCAAGUUGGAGCAAGCACUGAACUUUGUCGAUUAAUUUGAGGCUAUUUCCUAUUUGACCCCUUUUCUUUUUUGAAAUUUCCUGAAAUGAUGUUAUUCUAGAGAACUUCUAUGUCAGGUUCCUGCGGAUACCCUUGAAUUCAGUGUAGUAAUAUUUUCAGACGUUUCCCCAAUAAGUGUGUUGAAGCAUACAUCUUUACGCUGCUAAUAUGUCUAAAUACAUAUGUUAUCCCUUGAUUUUUUUAAAUAAUUGAGAGCUCUAUUUAUUUAUGGGAUUAUUAAGUUCUGAUGAAAAUAUAAAUGUUGACUUAUUCAGCAUAGUAAACUGAUGUUUAAAAUUUCAUACUUCAUGCCCACACUAAUUUUUAAUGCUAUUUUCAGUGGUUGCCAUUUUCCAUUUGAUGAAGAAGGAUAACUUGACUCUACAGCUUUUAAAUACUUUAGUUAUAUCAAUCUAGUAGUUGUCUGUUUUACCCAGGAUUUCUUGGAUAUUUAGUUUUCUGGGUACAGAAGUGGUUGGGAGGGUAAAUGAUUAAAGAACAAAUUAUAAAAGUUUGCAACAAAUCUUUCAAAUUAAGUAUAAAAGUAAACAUUUAAGAAAAACAUUUUUAAUGAAAUUUUAAUAGUAAUUCUAGUCAGUCAGACAAAUACACUAUAGAGAAAGUAAAAAUUUUCUUUUUCUUUUUUUAACCAGAGAGUGCAUUUGCUUGGGUGUAAUCCUAAAGUGAAAUGGGACAGUGCCUUGCAGUCUUUGCCCACUGUACAUAGGCUGAGGCUAGGCUCUUUGUACUACUGAAACUUAAAAAGUUUUGAAAUGUAGAAAAUGUGUGGAAAGGCUUGUUGAACUUCGGGGCACCCAGGUAAACAAUACUCUCUCAAUUGUUGAUAUACUUUAAAAUACUCAGUUGUGCUUCAGUUCCAAAAAUGAUUGCCAACCAGGAGCCAGGGCAAUUUUUGGCUGCUUUUCUGCUCUACCCAUCUGUCACCUUACUGGUUUUCCCUUGUUCAGGAAGAAAGCAGCUGUUUCCUUGCCAACAGGUCCUUCCUCUCCAUCUCCCACCAAACUAGGGCAUCAUUGAUUAGACAAAGGUACAGUGUAACUUGGAUUUCUGACAGCAACAACAGGACUGUGAAUUGUUUAACCUCUGUGGUUAAGGCUGCAGCUUGGUUGUCUGCUUUGGGGAUGUCGGUGAAUUAAGGGAUGAUGAUUUGCAAGGGAAAAUCAGUGGAGAGUCACAUAGGUAAUUCUUAUUAACUUAGGUUUUGCUAAAGGCAGAAUAGUGGAAUGUUCUUUUCUUUGCCUUUACAAUUAAGACAAAAUAUUUAAUAAGAAUAGCAAAUUUUUUUAUAUUAUGCUUCCUUAUACCUCAUAUAUCUUCCUUAACUAGAUAAUUUUACAGAAAGAAUGGCAUACAAAGAGUAAAGGGGAAAAAUAACUCAGAACAACAACAACAAAAAAGCUCUGACUUUUUAAAGUUACUUACGGAGACUAACAAUUUUGUGGAAUUUUUACAACUAUGAGAAUAAAUGGAACUGGUCAACUCUUGACAGUUGCCUCAAGAUGGAGUGAAAUUACAUCGAGGGUAAGACUGUCCACAGGUUUAAAAUCCUCUCUGGUUAAUAGUGUUCAUGUGCUCCCAUUCUCGACCUUGUUCUUUAAAUUUAAACUUAAAUAUUCUGACCUCUUGUUGAGUACCUUGCCCUGCUUCCAGAGGUAUUUGAACUUCAUUGUCUUCAACACAGAAGUGGUUAAUUUUCUCAGUUCACCUGUUCUUGCAUUAUCACAAUUGAUGUCAUCACUAAUAUCCUAAGCUAGAAACCAUGGAAGCCUCUUUGACUUUUCCUUUUCUCUGUUGGAUUAGCUUAAUCACCAAGUCCUGUCAACUUCUGAAAUGAAUCUCAAAUUUCUUCUCUUAUCUGUUGCCCCUGAUUUUGCUUAAGUUUCAGCCUGUCUUCUGUCUCCUUUUGGUUCAAUCUUCAUACUACCUCUUGAGUAAUCUUUCUAAAAUUUAAACUUGAUGUGUUUUCACUCUCUUGCUUGAAAACCUCUUUAAGGAAUGGUUUCUUUAGCCUUAGAUAGAAGGUCCUUUAUGAUCUGGCUGUAUUCUGAAAUAGCUCCAAUCCUCUCAUCUCUGUCCCAGUAUACAUCUUCUUACCUUCUUAUGCUGCAAACGCUAGACCACUUGAUAUUCUUCAAGUAUGUCAUGUACUUUCAUGUGUCUGUGCCCUGGGAUAGAUUGUUCCUUCUCCCUAAAAUGCCAUUCCUAUCCUUUUCAGGCAGGUAAAUUACACAUGAUUUUAAGUAUGAAGGCAAUGUAUACCUACUGAUUAUAAAAUAUUUAAACAAUGUACAUAUCUGUGUGGUUUUUUUUUUUUUAAGUCUGCUUUUAACUAUGUAAAAUUCAUUUUCCCUCUCCACAGGUAACUUCUGUUAACAAUUUGGUAUAUAUUGUACAAGGCGUGUUACUGGCAUUUCCAUGUAUAUAUGUAUGUAAAUGCAGGAAACCAACAUGUCAUUGACACCUCUCUUCUUUUCUUUCCACCAUAUCUAGUCAUUCCUCAAGUCUGACUGAUUUUUAUCAGCUAGAAUCUAUCUCCUUACUUCUACUUCUGUUGCCACCCUGAUCCAGGCUACCAGCAUUUCACUCUUAGGCUUCUGAAGCAACUACCUAACUCCCACUUGUGCCCAUCACACUCGGUUGUCCAUCCACCCUCCAUACAGCAAGUAGAGUCAUCCUUUUGAAAUUGCGGAGCUGAUCCAUCUCCCAGCUGAAAGCUUUUCAUUUUUUUCCUGUUGUUCUCAUGAGUAUGCCAAAAUGUAUGUAUUCUGGGCUAGGAGGCCCUGAGGAACUUGGUCCUUCCCUCUUCUCCUUCUUUUCUGUGCUUCACCCUGUCUUGCUUUUCUUUUCCUUAAAUAUAUCAUGUUCUCACCUAUUUUAGAUCCUUUUCCUUGAAGGUAUGGAAACAUUUAUUUCUGUAAGCUUAUUCUAUAUAGUUAGUAAGUUUUUAAAUCAGAUGAGGUUCUAAGGGUAUAUGGACAAUUUACAUGAUCAUAGUAUUGUUCAUAACUUCAUUCUGUAGAAUGUAAGGGCUUAUUUAGCUCGUGUGAGAAUUAUCCUUCAAAAAGCAUUUUUAAAGUAUUGGUAUUGCUAAUCUGUAAACUUUGUGCAAGAAGCCCUAAAGCCAAUAGCAACAUUUAUUUAAAGUACAGUUUGUCACAUAUAAUAAACCUCUGGUAUAUUUUCCUUUAUUGUGCACACAGUGUAAAUGGGAGAAAUAAUUAAGGGUCAUUAAAUCCAAGGCUGCUGGAUGUUAGGACCCUUAAGCGUACUUAAAAGAUUGAUUGUAAUCAAGAAUAACUUGUAUCAGGUUGCCUUCCAGUGAUUCACAUUUAUUAGUUCAACAAGUUACAUACCUGUAGCAAGAGACCACUUUACUUGGCAAUAAAAUUGGGGAAAGAAUCAAGACUUAAAUGAGGAAAACAGGUCUGAGAACAUUUUUUCUUCUGGGUAUGUUUAUAGAUUAGUAGAACAAUUUUGAAAAUCUAACAGAGGUGGGAAUCAAGGAAAUGGUUGCCAGACAAUGAACCAAGAUCUUGAUGAUUAUUUCCUGAGUGGCACCAGAGAACAGAAGAAAGAGUUGGCCUUGGAAAGGAGAUCUGGAAACAUACUUUUCUUCUGAAACAGGAAAGAGUGAAAAGACUAGGCAAAGGUAUCAGCAAAUGUUGAUUUGUUGUUGCAGGGGGUUUAGAGGUAUGAGGUAGCUAUAUGAAAAGUAGAAUUUGUUUCUGAUUGUGCCUAUUUUCCAAUUAUUGAGGAAUCUGGGAUACAUGAGGAUAGGGACAGGAGGUCAUUUGGAAGCUCGAGUGCAGAAAAGGUUUAAUGUUUCCUCUGAGAAUCUGUACAGGAGCAAGUUUAGGACAAGUAGAAGGCUUAGUAGGCUAUGUUGGAUGCCAGGUUGCAGUUGGGUGGCAGGCACAAAGGAAGUGGGUUGGAUUGACUUGGUUUGGGAAUUGGUUAAGUGGGUACUAGGUAAAUCUCUGUGAAGCAGUUAAGUGUUGUGCUGCAAGUGUAGUUUGAAUGAUUGGCUGAGGCAUUGAGGAUGGUAAGAGAAGGGAGCAGAGGCUUAUGGACUAGGGCACUUUUUUCAAGGCUCUACCUUAUCAGCCUUGACAAAGUAUAGAGAAACUUGUCUCAAUGUAGGUCUCUCACUGUAGCAGUUUUGCUCGUAUUUUUCAUGACUUAGAGAAUCAGGGCUGAAGGCAAGCCUUGAGUUCCACUUAUUUGGCAAAAAUUGUGUCAGAUUGCUCACUAUAACCAAGACAGAGUUCUUUGUGGCUUCUGUACCUUGCCAUCCAAGUAAAAAUUUUCUUAAAAGUUAAAAUGUCCUUUGUGUAAAAAAUAAUAAAAUACUUGCUGUAUGUCAGGGACUGUUCUAAGUGCUAAGCAAAGUAUCAGUGCAUUUAAUCUAUCACUAUUAUCUGAGCUAAGUGCUACCGUUAUCCUCAGUUUAUAAAUAAGAAAAUGGAGACACAGAGAAGUUGAGUAGCUUGCCCAGGAUUCCAGAGCUGGGAGGUAGGCAGCACAUCAUGGUGGUUAAGAAUACAGACAGUGGAGUAGAAUGGCUGUGGUGAGGAUUGAAUGGAUCCGUACAUGGAAUGUGCUUACAACGACGCUGGGCAGUUAACAUCCUUGACUGAUGAAACUCCUGCUUUCACUUGAAGGAUAAUAUACUAUCUUUCAAGGCAGGCUAUCCUUUUAUAAAGUGAUUAUUUCUGAUGUUAGCGUUUCUUAUAGUGAGCAAACAUUUCCUUCUAACUUCCACCAUUAAUUCAAGUCCACCUCUGGCAAAUGCAAAACAAGCCUUACUCUUCUUUUUAUAGGUGAUAGCCCCCUUCUAGAAAUCAUAAGUACUGAUCCCUCUCUGAUGACUACCUCUUCCUUCCAGAUUUUAGAAAUCUUGAGCCAUGUCUUCAGUAUGCUCUCUGUGAAAUAAAGCUAUCAUUGCUUGGCAGCCAAGAUUUUCACCAGAUUGUGAUUCCCUUAUGACCGUUUGCCUUCCUGGGUAGGAAGUGAUAAAUGGCCUGAUAACACGAGCUUUUGCCAGUAAUAAUAAUAAUGAUAUGUUAAUAUUUCUUGAGCAUUCAACAUGGGUCCGGACACUCUUUUUAGUGCUUUACAUUUAUGAGUUUUUAAAAUCCCCAAGACAACCCUGUGAGGCAGGUGCUAUGGAUUGAAGGGAUGAGGAAACCAAGGACAUUUUCUCAAGUCCUUAUUUCUAUUUUUUUUCUUUUGAAUGUAGGCCCUUUUGGUUUUUUUUUUUUUCCUUAUAGACAUAUUUUUUUAAUUACUUGAGGUAAAGCCUAUUUCCCAGCUAACUGUAGCAACCUGCUUUAUUUUGCUAGUGCUGCUACUUCUGUUUUGAAUCAAAUGAUAGGUAAUCAUCCUGAAAACAGUAUUCUCAUAUUAGAGGAAGAGAUGGAGAAGAUUUUUUUUUAGUAAUAGAUAAAAAAUUAAAGUGUGUAGAAGGAAGUCAUGGUUUUACAGCUUUACAUAUUUUUUUCCCUGUAGCAUUAAUUGUAUUCAAAGAUUUAGGGGAAUUUUUUUGUCUUAGAACAAAAGGGGAUUGGUAGCUAGCUAUUGUUAUAAAUACAUGGUAGAGUACAAAGCCAAAGAACAGGAAGAAAUGACCACUUUACCAAGCAGCUUCAAGGAGCAACCAUAUCCUCCAUGGUAAGCAUUCUCUUAGGGUGAUUGACAGAAGAGUUUCUGACAGGAAGGUUGGGAUCCAGUACCAGUCCAGCAUGGACACAUGCAGAUGUGAGAUCACUCACAGCCAUGUCUACCCUCAGGGGAAAUGAGUUGGCCCUCUCUACUCCAAUACGAUGACACACAAAUUCUGGCUACACUGGGGGUUAUGGGACUGGCUUCUCUGAAACUCCUACUU